GCUACUCAUCUAUUUUGUUGAUAAAGGUUGAUAAAGGUUUAUGAAAGUAUGACAGAAAUGUCAAAGAGUAUCCAGCAAACACCAACUAAUAGUUAUAAUAUAUAAUUGUUAGGGCUUGCUGGAUAUUUGGUUGGUGUUACCCAUUUGGAGGUUUUUGAUUGACACAAUUUGUUAUCAUAUUUGUAAUUGCAGAAAAUGUUGUAUAUGCCUAGAUAGCAAUGUUUCUAUAUUAUGUGAGUUUGUUUAGAUACUCUUUGUAUUUGGCAUAUUACGCUAAAAAAUUUUAUAAUUGCUUGUCACUAAUUAUGUCAAUGGGAUAAGGCAUUACUAUUUUAAUGAGAUUUUACGUCAUUACAAAAAAUAUUAUAGUUUUAUAUUAGAGGAAUCUGAAUGCUAGACAUUUGAGUUAAUUCCAUGCCCUAUUUGCCUACAUGCCACAGAUUGUUGUAAAUUUUAGGAUAAUUCUAGAUCAUCACUUUUAGAUACUCCACAUUGCCGGUCAGAUCGACAUAAUAUGUGACGAAUUACUGGAGAUUCCUAUAGCUGAGGGCAGAUAUGACUCGCGUAUGGUUGCAUUGAAGUCUAUCGUGAAUAAACAUCAAAGGAUUAUUGCUUUCGCAAACAAUAUCGAGGAUCUGUUCUGUUACAUGGCGCUGAUGCAAUUUUUCUCUAACACGAUCCCGUUUCUGAAUUGUAGUCACUUGGUUCUGUUGACUUGGAUAUCAUAAUGAUGAAGAUCAUACCUUACUAUGUCGUCAUAAACUUAGAAGCAUUUAUACUUUGCUUCAGUGGUGAAUAUCUCAAUUCCAAGAUAUUUCACAUAAGCGGGCAGAUAGAUAUUGUAUGCCAAGGUUUACUCGAACUCUUUUCAAAAGAUUGCGAAUCUAAAUCCUACAAGGAUGCAAAGAGCGCAAUUAUCCGCAGGCAUCAAAAUGUCAUUGUCUUUUCAAACAAUAUCGAGAGACUCUUUUCUUACAUUGCACUAAUGCAGUUUCUUACAAACACGCUCGUCAUAUGUUGCUUAGCAUUUAUGAUCAUGAUAACGCUCGAUGAUAACAAUGGCUAUAUUAUGUUAUUAAAAUCCUUGUUUUUUUACAUCGCUAUCACUUUGGAAGCGUUCAUAUUUUGCUUUGCUGGAGAAUAUCUUAGCAAUAAGAGCAAAUCAGUUGCAAAUGCAGCUUACGAGGCUUUUUGGUACGACGCAAAACCUUGCGAAAGUCGAAUUUUAUUAAUUUUAAUAUUGAGAUCACAGAAACGAUUGACUUUAACGAUUGGGAAAUUUAACGAUCUGUCAUUGGAAGUUUUUGGGAGUAUUUUGAAAGCUUCUGCUUCUUAUGUAUCGGUGCUACUUGCGAUGUCUUGAUCAACAACAAAAUACCAACUGCGAAGUCUGCAUAAACAUAUUUGCAUAUCAUAUAUGUAUAUUAUAUUAUUUUAAGUCAUUAUGAGUAACGUAUGAAUAUUUUAUUUUCUCAUAUUUUGCACACUUAUCGCUUUUUAUAUAUUUUGUUUAUCUCUUCGUAAAUUUUAAGAACAAGUCAUAAAGAUGUAAACGCUAAAUAUUCUCGUGAUUCAAAAAUAUAUAAAGAAGCAUUUACCUUAUCAUGUUUUCCAUUUGCGCCGUACAAAGUUCUAUUAAAAUGCUGUCGUCAACGAAA